AUGGCUACCGCAUUCCCUGAUGAAAUCAGGGCUUCGCCCGAAGCGGCCUCGCCGGCGAGCCCGGCGUCUUCAACUGGCCAGAUUCCUUUGGAACAGCCGCCCAAACUCAAGGGGCGUCACAAGUUGCUACAGAGCCUGCAGCGCAUCUCGUCAAGCCCGAGUCUGACCAGACGGGGCCGGUCCCAUUCUACGGGAUACCGUCGUGACAACAAGGCCUCUUUGUCCUGUGUCUCCCUCUCCCAGUCCGCAUAUACUCCUUGCCUGGGUAAUGGAAGUACCUCUCAACUCUAUGGCGGAUUGAACGCCCGUCCAAUCACCCCCGGUGCUGCUGCCUUUCCAGUAGACCAUGACGGAAAUCCUCGAAUCCGCCUUGUCGGUUCCGACUCACCCAAUGCGCGGACAGUUCCAUUGCCUACCGAUCUGCGACCAGGAUCUCGUGGGUCCCCGUUGGGAUCGGAUGCAGCCGAUCAACCUGCCACGGCGCGGUCGUCCCCGAAGCCAAAGAAGGUCUUUGAUUUCUGGGGCAAUAUGCCCGAUGAGCUGAAGAUGCGCAUUUUCCAGUACCUCACCCCGAAGGAGAUUGUCCGUUGCGCUGCUGUUUCGAAGGCAUGGAACAAAAUGUGUUAUGAUGGACAGUUGUGGACCGAAGUCGACACGACAGACUACUACCGCGAUAUCCCUAGCGAUGGUCUUGUGAAGCUGAUUACCGCCGGUGGGCCAUUCGUUCGCGAUCUCAAUCUCCGGGGCUGUGUCCAACUGAAGGAUAAGUGGAAGACUGAAGGCGAUCGCAUCACCGACUUGUGCCGGAACGUCGUCAAUUUCUCACUGGAAGGAUGUCGCAUCGACACUCAAUCGAUCAACUGCUUUCUCUUGCGCAAUCCCCGACUGGAAUAUAUUAACUUGUCCGGAUUAUCGUCUGUCAGUGACUCUGCCAUGACGAUUAUCGCACAGUCCUGCCCUCAACUUCAGAUCUUGAAUGUAUCUUGGUGCACCGGCGUUCACACCGCGGGGCUCAAGAAGAUUGUGAGCGCCUGUAACAACUUGAAGGAUCUCCGAGCAAGUGAAAUCCGUGGGUUCGACGACGUCGAAUUCGCCCUACAACUAUUCGAGCGGAAUACCCUGGAACGCCUGAUCAUGAGCCGCACGGAGCUUACAGACGAGUGUCUGAAGGCACUUGAACGAGCGCUUGUCCCUCCGCGACGACUGAAACACUUGGACAUCCACCAGUGCACCGAAUUGACAGAUGACGGUGUUAAGUGGCUUGCCCACAAUGUUCCGGACCUGGAAGGCCUGCAACUCUCACAAUGCUCUGAGCUCAGCGACGAAUCCGUUAUGGCGGUGAUCCGGACCACUCCUCGUCUGACACACCUCGACCUGGAGGACAUGGAGAGGCUUUCCAACCAUACGCUUCUCGAGCUUGCCAAGUCCCCGUGUGCUGCGCGCCUGCAACACCUCAACAUCAGCUAUUGUGAAAGCAUUGGCGACAUUGGAACCUUGCAGAUCAUGAAGAAUUGCCCUGCCCUCCGUUCCGUUGAAAUGGACAACACCCGGGUGUCCGACCUGACCCUGAUGGAGGCCAGCUUCCGCGUGCGCAAACGUGGCUACGAUGAGAACCUUCCCAAAAUUGGCCUCCGUCUGGUUGUAUUUGACUGCGCCAAUGUCACCUGGGCCGGUGUAAGAGAAGUCCUCUCAAGCAAUGCCUACCUCCCGCGUGCUACCCGCAAAUCCAUGCAAGCAGUCUCGGUUGUCACCCACACGGUAGAUCCUAAUCAGUCCACAACUGUGAUUGCUUCCUCUAUUACACCUCCCCCGCCGCCACCCGUAUACCCCAAUGAAAUUAUCCAUCUGAAGUGCUUCUAUGGCUGGCAGCCGACUGUGGAUGAACACAACAAGCGAGUUCUCCGUGGUGAUCUUAUGGCUGCGAGCAGGCUGGAUCGGAAGUGGGCCGAGUACAUGAUGGCAACCGAAGAAGCGGGUGCUCCAGGAUCCGGGGUGAGAAGAAGACGGCGUCGAGCCCGUGAAGCCGAGAGAAUCUAUAACGAAGACGACGAAGAUGCAGCUUUCGGUGUCGGAGCUGUCACUACACUUGGGGCAGGAAGACGGCGACACACUGAAGGCGGCGGCACAGGAGGCUGCAGUGUCAUGUAA